AUGUCAUGCAGCAGUGUCGCCGAGAUCAUGUCAGUGCUGUUCUUCUACACCAUGAAGUACCGGCAGUCGGAGCCAGAGAACCCGGACAACGACCGUUUCGUCUUCUCCAAGAGACUGUCGUUUGUUACCGUGUCGCCCGGCUGGCUCGGGCAAGGGCUGGGAGUCGCCUGCGGGAUGGCGUACACUGGCAAGUACUUCGACCGGGCCAGCUACCGGGUGUUCUGCCUCCUGGGAGAUGGCGAGUCCUCAGAGGGCUCCCUCUGGGAGGCCAUGGCCUUCGCUUCCUACUACGGGCUGGACAACAUCGUGGCGAUCUUUGACGUGAACCGCGUGGGACACAGUGGCGCGAUGCCCCAGCAGCGCUGCGUAGACACCUACCAGAGGCGCUGCGAAGCCUUCGGGUGGAACACUCUCGUGGUGGACGGCCGUGACGUGGAGGCGCUGUGUCGCGUGUUCUGGCUGGCGGCGCAGGUGAAGAACAGGCCCACGGCGGUGGUUGCCAAGACCUUCAGGGGCCGCGGCCUGCCACACGUGGAGGAUCCCGAAAGUUGGUUCGGAAAGGCAGUCCCAAGAGAAAGGGCGGAUGCGCUGAUCAGGCUGAUUGAGAGCCAGAUCGAGACCAGCGGGAAUCUUGAACCGAGACCCCCCGUCGAAGACUCGCCUCAAGUCAGCAUCGCGGAUAUAAGAAUGACCUCUCCACCCGCUUUCAACGUGGGCGAAAAGGUGGCUACUCGGAAAGCCUGUGGUCUGGCCCUGGUUAAGCUGGGCUAUGCCAACGACAGAGUCAUCGUCCUGGAUGGUGACACCAAGAACUCGACCUGUUCUGACAUAUUCAAGAAGGAACACCCCGAGCGCUUCAUCGACUGCUUCAUCGCUGAGCAGAACAUGGUGAGCGUGGCCCUGGGCUGUGCCACCCGGGGUCGGACCGUGGCCUUCGUGAGCACCUUCGCUGCCUUCUUGACCCGCGCGUUCGACCAGAUCCGGAUGGGAGCCCUCUCCCAAGCCAACAUCAACCUGAUCGGCUCCCACUGCGGGGUGUCCGUGGGUGAAGACGGCCCCUCGCAGAUGGCCCUGGAGGACCUGGCCAUGUUCCGGGCCAUUCCCAACUGCACGGUUUUCUACCCGAGCGAUGCCGUCUCCACGGAGCACGCGAUUUACCUGGCGGCCAACACCAAG